GCCCUGCGGUACUGACUGUUUUGAUUUUGGUGCGCAAUAACAUCGAAAAGAAAGUAUUAUUGCUGUGGUAACAACUAUCGUGUUUAAACGAGAUGGAUCCUGCGAGACCGCGCUCGCGCUCUGGCUCUCGUCCGAGACGCAGACUUACACCAAGCAAGCUGCGAGAACAGCAAGAAAAGAUGCCCUUGGCGAAGUUGGCACAAAAAUUGGCAAAACAACACGCAAGAGAUCGGUCUGGUACCCCUGAAAGACCGUCCAGUGCUUCGAGGCGUAAAGUUUCUCUUGAACCGGCAGAAGUCUGUGAGGCACGGAGAAAUUGGUCAGGCUUCAGAGUCAUUGAUCUGGAUCUCUUUGUGACAGAGCUCCUUGAAUGUGUUCGGUGCAAGAGCUGUAGAAAACCUGUGAAACUAACAGAGAUUACUGUGUGUGGCCUGAGCUCUAAAUUUGAACUCAAUUGUGAAAAGUGUGGUGUUUUGAAAUCUUUUAGAAACUGUGAAAAUGUUGGGACUGAUAACAAUGUAAUAGCAGAAGCAAACAGAAGAGCGGUGUUUUCAACCCGAGCUGUUGGUGUAGGUCAUGAAGGAUUGAAGACAAUUUGUGCUCUAAUGGACUUUCCUCCCCCUGUGUCCAAACCAACCUAUGACAAAGCUAUAAAAAUUAUUCAUAAAAGUUUUCAAGAUGAAGCAGAUAUGUCCAUGUUGCGUGGAGUAGAACUUGAAGUUGAAAUGGAGGGCAGCAGGGAUAUAAAUGGAAGUGGAGAUGGAUCAUGGCAGAGACGAGGGCAUGUUUCUAAAAAUGGAAUCGUGUCCCUAAUUGGAGCAAAUUCUGGUAAGGUUAUGGAUGUUGAUGUACUGUCCAAAGUUUGCACUGGUUGUUCCUUAUACUCCGGACCCAAAGAAGGGCCUGAGUAUGAUGAGUGGAAUGCCGCUCACAUCCCUGUAUGUGCUAUCAACCAUGAGGGCUCUUCUGGUAUGAUGGAAGUGACUGGAAUGCUCAACAUUUUCAAUCGGUCUGUUGCCACAAGAAAUGUUCGCUACAAAAAGUACAUAGGAGAUGGUGAUGCAAAGACCUACAAAAACAUAUGUGAUGAGAAACCGUAUGGCGAUGACUUCAUUCCUGAGAAGGUGGAGUGUGUUGGCCAUGUUCAAAAAAGAAUGUCAACUAGACUGAGAAAACUAAAAAAGGACAUGAAGGGGAAAAAAUUGAAGGAUGGAAAACCUUUGGGAGGUCUUGGCAGACUAACCGAUAAGAAAAUAGACCAGCUCGCUACCUACUAUGGAAAUGCCAUAAGAGGUAAUAAUGAUGUAGAUUCAAUCAGAAAUGCAGUUUGGGCUACCUUCUAUCACUACAGAUCCACAGAUGCUAAACCUCAGCAUCACCUCUGUCCUAAGGGUGAAAGUUCAUGGUGCAAAUACAAUAAAACUCAAGCACUAAAACAGCAGUUCAAACAUAAGGCUUCACUCCCUGAAGCUGUCAUGGAUGCUAUCAAGCCAGUCUAUGUAGACCUCACAAAAGAUGAGCUCUUGCAGAAAUGUGUAGAUGGAAUGACACAGAACCCUAAUGAGAGUUUUAAUGCUUUGGUUUGGAAAGCUGUUCCAAAAACUAUUUUUUGUCAACGUCUUAAGGUUGAACUUGGAACAUAUGAUGCCGUCCUUACAUUCAAUGAUGGUCAGAAAAGCAAGAUUCAAGUGCUGGACAGGAUAGGAGUCACUGCUGGAAGGCAUAUGAUCAACUGGGCAAAUUCAGUGGAUGCAGCGAGGAUCAAGAAGGCUGACCAACGGGCUGAGCAAGAGACCAAGGAGGCCCGUCGAGCCAGGAGGUUGGCUGGGAAGGCUCAUGAAGAGAGUCUAAAUGCACAGGAGGGAGGCCCUAGUUAUGCUGCUGGAGAAUUUUAG